AUACUAAUAAAAAAUGGGAAAAAUUAGUCAUCAGUCAGCGGUUCAUGAUUCUCACGUCCCAUCUCUCCUCGCUCCUUACCAUUCCUUCAAUCUAACUCUUGUAUAACUGCUACCCCUUUAUACGAAUCUCUCGCAGUAUUCCAUUUUUCUUCAUAUUAUUCAUGCAUCCCAUUCGUUGCCUCCCUCAAACUAUAACCACCAGUCCACCACCAUAUUGACAUUUUACAUCAAGAUUGAAUCUUUCCACCCCAUUUCUUCCAUUUUUUUAGACCCUUUACCAAAUCUUCAAGAACCCAUAUUUUAAUUCUCAAGAAAAAGACGAGAUUCUUGCUUUGUUGAUUUUUUUUUUGGAGAAAAAAAAAACCCAUUUUUUAGUUCUACUGAAAAGGCCAGCCAUGACAGAGGUACUCCACUCGUCUUCCUCCUCUUCUUCUCCUUCAAUUUCCACCCCAACCGACAAUGGGACAUUGUUUCAGUCUUUUCUGAGAAGAAGAGAAGAAGAGGAAGAAGAAAUUAUUGCUAGAAUUACCGGUAGUGAGGGGGAAAGUGAAGAAGAAGGAGGAGAAGUGAAAGAAAAAGAGAACAAGGAGAGAAGGGAUCAUCAGCUGUCUUUACUAGCUUUUCUGGUGACAUUGAUUAGGAAAAGUUUUUGGAUGGCUUGCAAGACUACUACUGGCGGUGGUGGAAGAGAAGAGCUUGGUAAUAGAGGCGGAGGUGCUGCAGGAGGGAUGGAGAUUGGGUGGCCUACUAAUGUCCGCCAUGUUGCACAUGUCACCUUUGAUAGGUUUAAUGGCUUCUUGGGUUUGCCUGUUGAGUUUGAGCCUGAAGUCCCCAGAAGGGCUCCUAGUGCUAGUGCCACUGUUUUUGGAGUUUCCACAGAAUCCAUGCAGUUAUCAUUUGACUCCAGAGGGAACAGUAUUCCAACAAUCCUUUUACUUAUGCAAGGACGUUUGUAUGCUCAAGGUGGCCUACAGGCAGAAGGCAUUUUCAGAAUAAAUGCAGAAAAUAGCCAGGAAGAGUAUGUGAGGGACCAACUAAACGGGGGAACUGUUCCGGAAGGCAUUGAUGUUCACUGUUUGGCUGGCCUAAUCAAGGCUUGGUUCAGAGAACUCCCUAGCGGUGUAUUAGACCCUAUUUCACCUGAACAGAUUAUGCAAUGCCAAACAAUGGAGGAUUGUGCAGCACUGGUGAGGCUUCUACCCUCAUCUGAAGCUGCUCUACUGGAUUGGGCAAUCAACUUGAUGGCAGAUGUCGUUCAAUUGGAACAUCUAAACAAGAUGAACUCACGCAACAUUGCCAUGGUAUUUGCGCCCAAUAUGACGCAGAUGGCUGAUCCAUUGACUGCAUUAAUGUAUGCAGUCCAAGUAAUGAAUUUCCUCAAGACUCUUAUUGAGAAGACCUUAAGAGACAGAGAAGAUUCGGUUGUAGAACAAGCUUCCAUGUUCCACCGUGAACCCUAUGAUGAGAAUGGACAUCAGAGUCCAGAGGUUUGUGUGGAGGAUGCUACUGAGUCAAAUGAAGAGCCCGAACCUUUGUUUGUGGCUGGAGAACCUGAGCCAGAUAGUGCUUCUGAGUGUCAGCAAGUAGAUAACAUUAGCGUUGAGGAGUAUGUCAGUUCUUCAACUUCUCCUGAAGAAUGUUCUGAUGAAAGUGUGUCUAGUGGAACUCCCAUUGGUCCCUAUACAGCAACCAAUCUAGCAAGUGGUCCAAGGAAUGACAUCAAAGAGAGCAUCCCAGAAAGCAGAACUGGCCAGUCCAGUGAUUCCAUUCAGAUGAACUGUACUAAGAGAACAGAGGAGCAGCAUAUGGUGGCUCUAGCUAUUGGAGUUCAGAAUAAGAGCAAAGGAAUCAGCAAUUUGAGCCGUAUAAACUCCCUGACAGAGAGAAUUGAAGCCUGGCGUUAAUGAUGCCCAAUAACUUAGCAGAACUGACUUCAUGAUGAAACAGUUCUGCGUUCAGUUUGAUACUUUGAUAUGUGAAAAAUUGUGAAUUACCAUGUAGUGCUACUCAGUGGUUUGCGACAGCAGUUUCACUUCCAAGCGUACACUUCUUAAUAGCUUCUAUCCUGAACAUCAAGAAAAUGAUUUUCAUGUGUUUGGUUUCAGUUGGCAUCCACGGAUGUCAGCAUGAGAUGGAUGAUGGUGCUUCUUCUGGAGCCUAGUCCGCAGUUUUCCCUUAAGAUUUCAAAGGCAAAUUCUCAUA